AUUUUGAAUUUUUUGAAUUUCGGAGCAGCUUCGUGUUCUGUUUGCUCAGCUCAGAAGCCUCAGAUUGCAUGAGCUCUAGUUAGGCGGAUGACGACUGUGCUGUCACGAUCUUGGAGCUACAGUAGUCCAAUCCGGUGGAUGAUCCUGUCACGCUGAAUGAAUGAAGAAAGUACAAAGACAAGUAGUAGACUGCUCGGAAACCCGCGCCCGUCGAUCUACGCGUCAAAGAGCAACCUCAAGUCACCUCUCUGUAACGUCAAAACUGUCGUCACGACGUCUGUCCUGCUGAAACUACUCGAAGGGGACAAAGUACUUUCCCGUCUGUUUGAAAGAAAUGACACGAACGCCGUAUGUUGUGCUUCGAAGUACGUCUACUUGUACGAUUUCGUGUGCAUAUCUCCCACAGUUGUUGCUGUUGCUUGUAAAUCGUGGGCUCCUUGACCAAGUGUUUCUAGCUGCUAGAGACAGAGUGUAGCGACCAGAUUAAUUAUUACUAGUAUCCUGUUUCGGAUUGGUUGUGAGUCACGGGCAAACGUCUGGAAUUGCAGUGCGAAGACGGGAACAGCUUUGAAUCGUAGCUGAGUGGGAGAUUCCAGUAUUGGCAUACUGCCGGGACGCUCCGAGCAGAAGAGCGAGAGCUUCCGCGCAUGGAAGCAGACUUUGCCGGCUUCAGCGAUGGUGCUUGAUGUCAAGGAUAGUGUUAAUGCCGUAGUCGUUACGUCAUCAAUCUUGUCGCUGUUUGGCAGUGCCACAAUAAUAGUUUCGUACGCCCUAUGGCCGCGGAUACGAACCACGUCUCGAUUUAUUUUAGCAUGCCUGUCGUUCGCUGAUUAUGCAAGUGCAGUUGGCUAUGGUGCUUCGGCAAUGGCAGCUCUAUAUUAUGGUCCUCAUUUCAUGCUCGACAAUCCUUUUAGCUGCCGAUUCCAGAGCAUAGUGACCACCUGGUCGUCGAUGGCUACAUUCUGCUGGACGGUUGCGCUGGCUGUCUACCUUCACAUCACCAUUGUACGAGACAACAUCGAGCUAGGGAAGCGCCUCGUGCCGGUGUAUGCGGCCGUGUGCCUCGGAAUCCCGACAGCAGUGACCGUCGGCGCAUUGUUAAGCGGCGCACUUGGCUACUCGCUGCCGGUGACCACCAGCGGCUGGUGUUGGAUCAGCGAGGAGCCAGAGUGGCCAGUAUUCCAGCGAAAUGCUUCCUUCUGGGUUCGUGACGGCGACGCCCGGCUGUUCUGGAUGCUACUCGCUGGCAAGUUCUGGGAGAUCACAAGCUGCAUCCUUAUAUUCAUUUUGUAUUUCCUUAUACGACGACACUUACGGCGGCAAACACGCACAAAUGGCAGGCAGUUUCUGACAACCACAUCCAGGAGCAUAGCGCAGUCGGCCGAUCGCAAAAUGCUGGUGAUACCGGUUGCGUUCCUGCUGCUGCGCGUAUGGGGCACAACAAGGUUUAUCAUCGACACUGUGCACAUCCGACUGCAUAAUGAUGUGCCUAACCCGUACUACCCACUCCUCUACUUGCAGGCUGUGGGUGACACUGGACAAGGCUUCGUCAACUUCAUCAUCUUCUGCUGGAAGACCGACUCCGUUCAAAGCCUCCUCGUGAUGGCCUGCUGCUGGUGUUUCAGGCAUCGCCGCCGCCACAAACACAAAGACACUGCUCCCCUUCCGAGUCGUAGCCUCCCGUCUGGGCUUCAAGUUGAACCUACUGAUCAGCAUCCAUCGCAGCCCGUGUCGUCGACCAGGAUAGAACGGAGCAGCACUGCAUGUCAGCCCCUAUCGUACGGUGCCGUCGACUCAAGCAGCGGAAAAGACGGACUAACACACAGCAGAGAUACGCCGGACAUGGCAACCGAUGAUCCGUACUGAGUUUCACGGCAUGUGGAAACGGUGUUGUAAAACUCGGUUCAACGCUACACUAAACAAGUUUGGCUCUGCUGCGUUGUCUGAAAUCUGUCAUGGGUGCAUACUUGCAAGCUGUUGAGUACACUAUGUUUAUGAACUUCCACAAAUAUAUUCAAAGCCGUUUUCCCAUAAUGCAAUAUCUCAGUCUAUAUCUUCAAGCUGAACUCAAACCUUUUUCUAAGAGUUUCUUUAUAUCACCUUGAUAGUUAUUUCCGUUUGAAUGAUCAUUGAUUUUCUCUAGUCGCAUGCUAUCUUUUCUUUUCACUUUAGGUAAACAACAUCAGAAUUGCUGGAUACUCCUGUGUAUUUACUCGCUGUUCGCCCACUUGUUCCCAUCACGUCCUGGCGCAUACUCAGCUUGCCAGUCCUAUAACUGCAAGUUGCGCACUGCAGGUAUAACAUAGUCACUGCAUGGAGUAGGACUUCACUCGCUUGU